CUUCGCAUUUCCAAAGAACGAAGAAACUAACUUCCAAAGAACCGAUCAAUCCUCUCUGAAGAGAAAACGAAACCAAAACCCACCAAGAAAUUUCCGGGUCCAAAGAAAAAAUGAUGAAUGUUGUGGCAUUAUGCCUCGUAUUCACCACACUUGCAACUGCAGGUGUUUGGUCUCCCAGCCCCGAAAGAGUGCAAAUCAAGCAGGAUGUUAUCGUGAAGGAAGGCCAUCGGACGGUUGAAAUCGAGUACGGACAAGAUAAUGGAAAUACCAAAGUCAAAAUCUCUCCUCAAGAAGGCUAUGUGGAUUCUUCUUCUUCUUCAUCAUCCCCUGUUUCUUCCACUGUGAAAGAGAAACUUUCUGAAGGGGCUGAGAAGGUUUCUGAAGGAGUUGAACAUGUUAAGGACAAAAUUGAGGAAGAAAUUGGACACAGAGCAACUCCCAGGGAACUAAUUUGCGAUGCUUAUGGUAAAUGUAAGCACAGAGUUGCGAGCGCUUUGGGGAAGACUAAAGAAGUUUUGUCCGAGAAAGCCCAUCAAGCGAAAGACACGGUAGAAGAGAAAGCUCAUGAGGUGAAAGAUAAAGUAGAAGAGAAAGCUUAUGAAGUGAAAGACAGAGUUGAAGAGGUUGAAGGAGGAGCCAAACACGCCGUAGGAGAAACCGUCGGGAAGGUGAAAGAAGCGGUUUCCAAAACAGCCCGCGAGGUGGCUGAUAAAGCUCAUGAUGUUAAGGAGAAGGUCAGAGGAGCUAGUAAGGAAGCAAGCGAUAUCGGGAAAACGCUCAGAAACGACGUGAAGAAGAACGCUACCAGAGAAAUUGAAAGGACGAAGAAGAAAGUGGAAGAAGCAGGGGAAAAUAUCGAGCAUAAAAAGGAAGGAUUGAAGGGAAUCCUUAAAAGGGGUGUGAAAUCUGUGGGUGGCAUCUUUGGGUAUGUUUUUUCUCCUGAAUUGAGGAAUUCUGGAGUUGGGAUUAUGCAGCUUUUGGGUUUGAGUACCGCUUAUGGGAUGAGUGUUUGGGUGACAUUCAUUUCGAGUUAUAUUAACGCAGGAGCAUUGCCUAAGCAGCAGUUUGCUGUUUUGCAGAGCAAGAUUUACCCUGCUUAUUUCAGGUCAAUGGCUUAUAGUGUUGGGAUGGUGCUUUUAGCUCAUUGGUUGAGUCCAAGAAAAGGGCUACAUCCCGGGAAGUCUGAUGUGUUUCAAGGGUUCAAUCUUCUUGCUUCACUUGUGAUGCUCCUGUUCAAUUUAAAUUACGUGGAACCUCGUGCUACAAAGGCUAUGUUUGAGAGGAUGAGAUUGGAGAAGGAAGAAGGCAGGGGAAUGGAGACCAAACAACCCGAACCGAGUAUGAGAAACGUGGACUCUGUCAUAGAGCCAUCAGGGAGGAGAACAUCAGCGAUGACAGGGGCAGUUAUGACGACCACAAAUCUUGGAGAAAAGACAUCAGAAGAAGCUAAUGAUGCAGCGGCUGCACAUGCGAAAUCUGAGAUGGUAAGAUUGAGUGAGGCAUUGAAGAAGUUGAAUUCUUAUUCAUCCUUCCUCAAUGUGUUGACUCUCAUGGCGCUCACUUGGCAUCUUGUGUAUUUGGGACAAAUGCUUCAUAGCACUGUAGAAUGUGCUUGAAGAAACCUCAUGCUUUUAGCUUUUCUUUUUUUGGGCUCUGGCCGCUUUGUAGAACUCUGGUUUUUAGUGUACCUUUUUUUACUCAAUUAGGUAUUAGUCUUAAUCAUCUUAGAUUAGUAGUUUUUGAAGUCAUCAUCUGUAUAUUGGUAGGGUUCUGAACUUGCGUUACUUGUUACUAAACAGGGGAGUACACUUAGUGGCACUGUAAAAUCUCCUAUGUUAACUUUUCUCAAAUCUCUC